UGAGCAGGUGACAGGCUGCAGGAAGGGUAUGGGGGAGUGAAAUUCCUGCUGACGUCACGGGGAAAGACAACUCCGAGAGCGAGCGAGAGAGUAAGCGAGAAAGAGAGAGAGUCGGCUAUAAAUACCAAAAACCAGCACGCCUAUGGCUUUGCAAGCGGAUUAACGGAGUGCUGGCAAGUGCGAAUGGGAGGGCCAGAAAGAAAAAGAAACGCUUAGAGCAUAGCUGCUGGGCUGGAGCGACGGACUUACAUUUAACUGGGCUACUUACAAUGUGAGGUGUGAAGACUCAUUCUGCGAGGAAUCCAUUCAGUGUGAAGCGUAUUGGAAAUUGUCAAUUAAGCCACCAUGCCAGAACAAAGCAACGAUUAUCGAGUGGUGGUCUUUGGAGCAGGAGGUGUAGGCAAGAGUUCGUUAGUGCUGAGGUUUGUGAAAGGCACCUUCAGGGAAAGCUAUAUCCCCACAAUUGAGGACACCUACCGACAGGUGAUCAGCUGUGACAAAAGCAUCUGCACCUUACAAAUCACAGACACAACUGGAAGCCAUCAGUUUCCAGCCAUGCAGCGUCUGUCCAUCUCCAAGGGUCAUGCCUUCAUCCUUGUUUUCUCCAUCACAAGCAAGCAGUCCCUGGAAGAGCUAAAGCCAAUUUUUGAACAAAUCUGCCAAAUCAAAGGGGAUGUGGAGAGCAUUCCUAUUAUGCUAGUGGGGAAUAAGUGUGAUGAGACUCAGAACCGUGAGGUGGAGACCGGUGAUGGAGAAGCAAUGGCCAAGAAAUGGAAAUGUGCAUUUAUGGAGACGUCAGCCAAGACCAACCACAAUGUCAAGGAGCUCUUCCAAGAGCUACUCAACCUGGAGAAACGCAGGACAGUGAGCCUUCAGAUUGAUGGAAAGAAGAACAAGCAACAGAAACGGAAAGAAAAACUUAAGGGCAAGUGUGUAGUCAUGUGAGACUGCUGUUAGAACAAACAACUGGAGAUGUUCAGAUAGCAUGACACCUGACAAAGUACCACAAGUAUGUUCUGAAAUUAUAUACAGAAAUGCAAAUGAUGUUACUCAAAAUACAUAACCUUAUUUAAUAUUUAAUGUGGAACAAAACACCAAUUCAUCUGCCUCAGCAAAGCCUUAAAAGGCUUUGAAUAAAUCAAUACUCCUGAGCUGCAAUACUGGAAAAAAAACAAACAAAAAUUACACUGAGGUUAGUGUGUACAGUGUAUUAAAGACCAUUCACACAAUGAAUGCAAAAUGAAAUCCAGCUUUUGAAAACAGGAAAGAAGAAUAUGUCUGAGCAUAAUCUUUUUAAUGUGGAUUCAUAUUUCCUGUUUGCUUGAAUGUAAGAGUUAGUUAAAAUGCCAAGGGAGCAAAUAAAUGGUUAAAUGCAACUGAAAUGAAAAGCUUUAAAAGGGAGCUUGCUCAGUCUAUCUAUCUAUCUAUCUAUCUAUCUAUCUAUCUAUCUAUCUAUCUAUCUAUCUAUCUAUCUAUCUAUCUAUCUAUCUAUCUAUCUAUACUAAUGUUGUUUACGGUAACAGAGAACAAUGCCUAAUUCUAGCAAUAUAAAUGGAGUCAAAUUUUCAAUUGGUUUUGUAGGAACUCCUAAAUGGACUUUUCACUUUGCCAUAGUUUGCUGGUUUGGUUUUCCACUUACUUUGUCUCCAUUUUGCACACCAAGCGUUUCUAAAAAGUAUGAACUGCAUAAUAGAUAUUGCCCAAGAGUUUCAUCUUAAGAUACCACCUUUAAAAUGAAUGAAGUCCCUUUGCACAUUGUAAUUAGUUAAAGACAUAAAUGUUAAAAUCGUAUUUAGGAAAGUUAGGAAAAUUGCUGUAGUACCAGGAUGCUGCUACAACAUGGGGCAUUUGUAAUCAUUAUGAACAUUAAUGUGUUUGUUUUUCAACACUGAAUGGAGGAUUACAUAGCAGAAAUAAUAAAAAAGCACAUUCUUUUGUGUGUGUUUUUCUAGUAUAAAAUAUGUGUUAGCUGCAGCUUACGCCUCUUUGCAAUGUUAUAAAAAGCUUUAGAUAUGCAGGGACGUUAAUAUUAAUAAAACUAAUAAUAUGAACUCAAGUUUAUAAAGUGUUUGCCUGUACCAGAGAGGAAAAAGCUGUACAUUCUGAGUGCUGUAAAGUUAAUUUCUGUCUGCUGCACUUGUACUGUUACGUGGUUGAAGCUCAAUGCUGUAACAUAAGGGCUGGGUGUAAAUUACAGAGGACGAUGGCAGAGGGCUGGGGGAGACUCGCCUAUCAAUAUCACCUUUCCUGAUGAAAAACUGAGUUAUUGAUUAACAGGAAUAGAACCCAGAUUGGCCGUGUGAUUUAUAUAUACAUAUUCUUCUUCUUCCAGGUUUAAUGAAUAAGGGCAAAGACAUUUGCUGAUUAAAGCACUUUGUCUGAUUUGUGUUUGUUUGUUUAUAUGUAUUUGUGUAUUUAUUUAUUUACUUAUUUAUUGAUUUGCUUGGGUCGAAGAAGGUGCUUUUUGUUCUUGUUCAAAGUCACCCUAGGCAAAUGCUUAUUAUGUCAUUAUUGUGAGGUUAAUCGCCUUUCAUGCUAAUUUUAUACAUUUUUAUUUCAAAUAUCUUUCUUACUGAUGGAACAAAUCUUCUUCGUGUCAUUAUGUGCUUCUCAGUUGUUUUAACUGCACUGUGUCUGAUUUCGAUUGUAUUUACUGUAAGUGUUUUUGUUGUCUUCAUAAAGUUAAAUAGGUCUAUGAGAAAAAUGAAAAAUCAUAUUUACCUGAAUGAAGUUUAACUAGUUUGCUUGACAAGUGGUCAGACUUUUCAUUUUUUGGAAUUCAUGCCUGUAUACUUUUUACCAAUAGCAAGAUCUCAUAAUUAUGAGCCGCACAUUUUUUUACUGUUUUAACACUGUUGCAUUAAGUAUCUUUCUAAAGUCACUUUAACUUAUAUUUUAAAAACAAGUAAUUUGCAGCUCCUCUGUAUUAUAUGUGCAACAAUGUGAAUCGGUCCUUUAGAAUUUUUAAAUGAAAAAAAAAAAGCCUAAGUCAGUUUGAUUAUUAUGUAUGUAUAGUAAAUAUAGAAAUGAAGCUUUUCCCAGAAUGGAAACUAUAUAGCCAGAGAAAGUGCUUAGAAAAUGAUUUUUUAAAAGCUAUUAUUUUUUAAACAGAAAAGUGUAUAUUGAUUGAAAGAAACAGUACUAUUUAUUUUAUCUACCUAUGUUAUGUUAUUGUAAAUGGAUUGACUUAUAUGCUUGUAUAUAAUUCAUGUGUGCCUACAAAUAUCAGAUUAUUUUCCAGCUGUAUCUUGCAGAUAUUAUGCUACUUAAAUAAAGUAUGUAAAGAUA